AUGCCAAGGGUACCCACAGCACUCAUCCUGCUCUUGCUGGUGGCAGGCAGCCGGUGCGAGGACACGGUGGCAGACAACGUGGGACGUCACACCAUGAGCCGCAUCGCCGCGCUGCUGUCCCUGUCUGAGUGCCGCCAGCUCCAGGGACAACUGGUGGGACCCAAGGAGGACCUGGGGGAGCUCCCGGGGGGCAACAACCGCCCCCGUGGCCCCUGUGCUCUUUGCCACCGUCCUGGCUGCUCGGAAGCCCUGCGGAGCUGGCUGGAGUCGGCAGGAGAGGGGAUGUCCUGGGACGUGCUGGUCCGCAGCCUCCACCAAAUCGGGCGCCCCGACAUAGCCCGGGAGCUGGGGAAAAACCUGAACCAGGACAGGAGCCUGGAGCUGCGCAGGAACGUGGAGGAGUACGGCCGCACCGUGCAGCACCUCACCUCCUCGCGGCUCCUGCUGCAGGGCGAGCAGCCCGCUGGGGCACGGGGCAGGAGGGCCCUGGCAGGGGGACUGGGAGAUUUGGGGGAGCUGCGCUUCGAGAGGCGGCCACCCCCUCCGUACACCCGCAGCCUCCUGGGCUGGGUCAGCUCCGUGGCCUCCGGCAUCCUCGGGGGGUUCCUCGCCUCUGUCCUCGUCACCCUGGCUGCUGCCUACUCCUGUCACUGGCUGCUGGGCUCAGACACUGCCUGA